CGUGUGCAUGCAACACAACGUCGAUUGCGGCGCCUCCGAGUAUUGUGUCGAGAUUGUGUGACCGAUUAAUUAUUGGUCAGGAAAUCACGCAAUAAAAUGUUCUUAACGAACUUGUUACUUAAGAAAGUGAAAAGCAAACUCAUUAUGGUUCAGAUGGAAAGCGCUGUUACCGGGCAUACGUUUAAUAAAAUACGCGAAAGGCUCGCCGACAAGCUAGAAAUACUGCGAUUUGAUCCACAUAUACAACAGAUAAGUUUGUACAGAGAGAAAAAGAAGAUUCGCAGUAUGUAAUGGUUUUUCUCUGACACUUCGCUGUAAUAUUAAAUAGUGAACUAAGGAUUGAAUUAAAAUGUAAUGUCUUAAGAGUCAAUGCAUUCUAUCAUUUCAAUCUCCCAAUGGCGCUGCUUAGACUUUUCAAUUGCAAGAAGUUGGCAGGCUAAGUAAUUCCGUGUAAUUUAUUUUAUUCAAAUGUACAUUCUACUGAGUAAUCCAUGUAUACAUCAUAUUGAAAACAAUAUAUUCAUUACACUAGAA